UACCGGUGUUCGUUAAAACGAGUCAUCCCUGUAUAUUUGCUGGUAUCAAACGCCCCACACUGUAAAUUGAGUCAAAAACUGUGUUGUUUUACUCGCAUAAACUUGUUAACCAGGGUAGAUGAUUCGUAACUGGAUUCGUGUGUGAUAAGUGCUACGGUGAUAACAAACCUAAUUACUCUCAAACACGCCAAACUGUGCUGAGCUGAUUGCUAAUUUUUUAGUCGCUGCUUGUUGAAGCACUUGAAAAGAUUUACACACAGUUGAGGUCCGCUGUGAUUUGCCACUCUCAAGUCAAGUGAUGGAUUCCGGAGAUGAAAACAGUCAAUACAUCAUCAGCGGAGGGCCCGUACCGGAGAAUCUUACCGAAGGAUGUGGUUCGUUGGGAGCAUUCCUGAGAAAUCGGCUGCGGCUCAACGGAAACGACGUAGCUGUUAUCGAUGGAAUUUACGGCACCGAACUUCGCUACCUGGACCUGCUGGAACAAGCCGCUCGAUUGGGUGAAUGUCUACGAGUGCAAGCAGGGAUAAAGGUUGGAGAUGUCGUCGGAAUCAUCAGUGAAAAUCGACUCGAGUUCCCACCGGUCUUAUUUGCAUCAUUUUUCCUCGGAGCGACGGUUGCCCCUAUCAAUCUGACUUACACCGAACGUGAACUGGAGCACGCUUUCAACCUGUCCAAGCCGAAAAUAAUAUUCGUCUCUCCACACUCGGUGGACCGGGUAGUGGCGGCCGCCCGGAAAAAUCGACACAUCGUUCAAAGAAUUAUCCUGUUUGGCGAAGAAAAUCCUUUUCCGAACGAUGUGCAGCUGUACGACGACUUCCAAGCUCCGGUUUCGAACGUAAACCCUCUGAGCUUUGACAUUUGCCCGGUGGACAUAGAUGACCAUGUGGCGUUGAUAAUGUGUUCCUCGGGGACAACCGGACUGCCCAAAGGAGUACAACUGACUCAAGCCAACGUGAUUCAUAGCAUUUCACUGUUGAAGGAAACUUCGCAACUAUUGGAACCACCACCUGGAGGAAUUGUGCUGCUAGGAGUUAUACCCUGGUUCCACGCGUAUGGUUGUUUGACACUUAUUAACGUGAUCAGCAAUAAAAUGAAACUGGUUUCACUUCCAAAGUUCGAAGAAGGCCUUUUUCUGAGCUGCAUAGAACAUUACCAGUGUACAUUGGUUUUUGUGGUGCCUCCGUUGGUCGUAUUUCUAGCCAAACAUCCGCUGGUAGAUAGCUACGAUCUAUCCAGUAUCCAUACUCUGCUAUGUGGGGCAGCUCCAUUGAGCAAGGAAACCGAAGAUCUGGUAAAGCAGCGGCUCAACGUUCAAUAUGUUCGACAGGGCUACGGAAUGAGUGAAACUACACUUGCAACAUUGAUUCAGAAUGGAGAUGAUCAUAAAUCGGGAAGCGUGGGGAAAGUCCAGGUGGGCACAUUUGCUAAGGUGAUUGAUCUGGUAACGGGAAAAACGUUGGGGCCUAACCAACACGGGGAGCUUUGCUUCAAAGGAUCGCAAAUUAUGAAGGGUUAUGUCGGAAACGAAAAAGCAACCGGCGAAACGAUCGAUAAGGACGGUUGGUUGCAUUCCGGUGAUGUCGGAUAUUUUGACGAGGAUUUGGAGUUCUUUAUCGUUGAUCGUCUGAAGGAACUGAUCAAGUACAAAGGGUACCAGGUACCACCUGCCGAACUCGAAGCAAUCUUGCUGACCAACCCGAAGGUGAAAGAUGCCGCUGUGGUUGGUUUACCAGAUGACAUGGUAGGGGAGCUUCCGUUGGCCUUCGUCGUCAAACAGGACAACGUUUCGAUCGAUGAAGAAGAAAUCAAAAAUUACGUUGCUGCUAGAACUUCUCCGGCGAAAAGAUUACACGGAGGCGUUCGAUUCGUAGAGGCAAUUCCGAAAAAUCAGAGCGGAAAAAUUUUACGAAAAGACCUCAGAGCACUGCUCCAGAAACCUAAAUCUAAGCUGUAGAACACUAACGUCGGGUAUGGGUAUGUUUAACCAGUAAGGUGUGGUUUUAUU